AAGUCCUUUUGAGGAAAAAUAUAUUUUUCUGCCCUUUUUAAUAUUUUCUUCUGUGGGCUAACUUCCCUCAAAGUCUUUGCGUGCUUAGUUCAAAAUGCAUAUUGCCAAGUACCACCCUUUACAAAGGCAUCGUUGCCGAUCCCUUUCCGUGGAAUCGCUUUUUAUAUCGCAAAAAGAGCACAAAUAGGCUUCUGGUAAUUGAUAUAUUUCGAUUAGCCGAGCUGGCAGGAAUUCAGUUUCCUACAAGCUUUAAUCCGGUUUGCCUAAGGUUGUUCUAUGCAGUUGCCAAUUCCACCAGAAUAGUGGCAUUUUUUUGUCUUGCAAUUGGGAAUACAUCACAUACAAGUGCAACUUUAUAUAUAUUGUGCGUAUAUUUGUGAGUUCCCAAGUAUAAAGUGGCUAGUUGUGCUGGUAUAAGAAAAUGCGCCUUUCCCAGAGAGUCGUGCAAGUUUUAAAUGUUUUCCAAUUGAGCGCCUCCCGGACAGGAGCAGCAAACCGCCGCGCGCCACAGCGCCGACCAAUCAGAACGAAGGAAAACAAGCCGCACUCCAAGUUGCCACGCGCCAAAAACUUUAGGAGCAGGCCGCGCGUUGUGUCCUUCCGCGGCAAUGGAUCUAUUUAAUGGGGGGGGGCGACAUAGCACCCAGAAAGAAGUAAUCCAGCCAAGCGCAACCUCGUCAGCCAUGUCGUCCCAGGCCUCUGAAUCGGGACGGGUCGCUUAGCAGCGGCUUGGAUGAAAAUUAGCCCUGCAAGGAGGAAAAAAAGACAGAACGGCGGAGGGAUCCGGAGACGGUUGGUGACGAGAUGGUGCUCGGAGUUGUGGCGCCAGAAUUCAGAGGCAGUUGAGGGGAGGUGGCAGCUAUGGUGGUGCUCCGCAGCGGUUCGGUUGGCUCUGGCCGCCCCGAUCCUCAUCGCGGAGGCGAGACCCCUUCGGCAUCCCCGCAGUCUCUCUACGAACCGAUGGAAUCGAGUUCGGAAUUUCUCAGUUUGACCACCCCGACUUCGUCUCGGAGGAGGAAACGCUCGGUGGACAAUCGAUCCCCCGGAGGGGCCACCCGGGAUCUACCCGCCAAUCGGAAAGCCCGGAGGGAGUUCUCUUCAGACAAACAAUGUGAACAUUUCACAAGACAGCAUGCCUUGAGAUCUAUGAGGAAAAAUAAUCAACAUUAUUCAGAUCCUAGCUUUGACAAAAAGAUGUCAACACUUAGUGAAAAUGGGAUUAACAGGAAACACUUUACAAGACAACUGGCUAGAAUGCAGGCGGAUGGAAAGAAUGAAGAUGGUGAAGAAGGAUCUGUAGUUCCUGUAACCAGGUCCCUGAACGAAGGAGUAGAUGGGAAGCCUGAAGAACACGUUGCAGAAGAAAAUGGGGAUGUUGAAGUCCGUCGCAGUUGCAGAAUUAGACAAAGCCGCUAUAGUACUAUGAACCAGUCUGUUCUGUUUGACAGACUAAUUACAAAUACUGCAGAAGCUGUACUACAAAAAAUGGACGAUAUGAAGAAGAUGCGCCGUAGACGAAUGAUGGAAGAUCUUGGGGUAUUCAAUGGUAGAAAAGGAGGAAACCUUGACAUGUACUCCAGAGGGAAACCAGCUAUCCAAAGGACUGAUGAAGAAACCUCUGACAAUCAGGAUGGAAGUGCAGAAUCUUCAGAAGAAGUUGAGGACCAUGAAGAUGAAGAUGGUGAAGAAAACCAAAAGCGCUAUGAUCUCCGGCAGCGAAAAACUGUUGUACGUUAUCAAGCCUCACCAGAAAAGCCCAGGCAUCCGAAGAAGCCUAAGUUAUUUUAUGAUGAUGCAGCCUCUCCAGUAAGACAAGGUUUCCCCUUUAGUCCUGCAAGACCACGGAGCCCUUUCUGUAAAAAAAUAAAUAGGCGAAAGCAUGCAAUUCAUAAUAGUGAUUCCACAACUUCGUCAUCAUCUGAUGAUGAAGAACGUUUUGAGAGGCGUAGGAAGAGAAGUCGCAACAAAGCACUGAGCAGGUGCCUUCCACUAAAUUUUCAAAAAGAUGAGUUGAAGGGAAUCCACAGAGAUCGAAUGAAAAUUGGAGCAAGCCUGGCUGAUGUUGAUCCAAUGCAAAUAGACACUUCAGUACGAUUUGAUAAUGUGGGUGGACUUUCUGAUCAUAUUUCAGCUUUAAAGGAGAUGGUAGUUUUCCCACUACUUUAUCCAGAAGUAUUUGAGAGAUUCAAGAUUCAGCCUCCAAGGGGCUGCCUUUUCUACGGUCCACCGGGUACUGGAAAAACUCUUGUUGCCAGGGCACUUGCUAAUGAGUGCAGUCAAGGAGACAGAAGAAUAGCCUUUUUCAUGAGAAAAGGUGCUGAUUGUCUCAGUAAAUGGGUGGGUGAAUCUGAGCGACAGCUUCGUCUGCUGUUUGACCAGGCCUUUCAGAUGCGUCCUUCAAUUAUAUUCUUUGAUGAGAUAGAUGGCCUUGCUCCUGUACGGUCCAGCAGACAAGAUCAGAUUCACAGCUCAAUUGUGUCUACGUUGCUUGCAUUGAUGGAUGGCUUAGACAAUAGAGGUGAGAUUGUGGUGAUCGGUGCUACAAACAGAUUGGAUUCCAUAGAUCCUGCUUUGAGAAGACCUGGACGUUUUGACAGAGAAUUCCUAUUUACAUUACCAGAUAAAGAGGCAAGAAAGGAGAUUCUUAAGAUCCAUACACGAGAAUGGACCCCUAAGCCAUCAGAAAUAUUUCUACAGGAGGUUGCUGAAAAAUGUGUUGGGUACUGUGGGGCUGAUAUUAAAUCAAUAUGUACGGAGGCAGCCUUGUGUGCCUUGCGUCGACGUUAUCCUCAGAUUUACACCAGCAGCGUGAAGCUGCAGCUAGAUAUCUCUUCUAUUAACAUAAUGGCUAAAGAUUUUGUGGUUGCUAUGCAAAAGACUAUACCUGCUUCUCAGCGGGCAGUAAGCUCACCUGGCCAAGCACUCUCUACAAUUUCAAAACCAUUGCUUGAAAAUGCACUGCAAAGGAUCAUGGAGGUAGUACAAAAUGUAUUUCCACAUGCAGAACUGGCACAGAAAGGAGGGAAUAAAUCAGAUUUUGCUAAUCAUGCAUCAGAACUUGAUCUGCUAUACAGCGAUGAAGAAGGACCACCGGUAUUUGAAACAGGACAUUUUCAGAAAGGCUCUCAAAAGCGGACACAUUUUCUUAAUUUUAAUAGAAAUGCUUAUCACCAACCAACAUCUUGCCGACCAAGACUCUUAAUUAGUGGGAAGCCAGAAUAUGGACAAGCCUCUCAUUUGGCUCCAGCAGUCAUACAUGCUUUGGAAAAGUUUCCUGUUUAUACACUAGACCUUUCUAUUCUCUUUGGUGUCAGUUCCAAAACCCCUGAAGAAACAUGUGCACAGUUGAUCUGUGAAGCUAAGAGAACAGCACCAAGUAUAAUAUACAUUCCAAAUAUUCAUAUAUGGUGGGGAACGGUUGGACACACUUUGCAAGCAACAUUUACUACACUGUUACAGAACAUUCCAUCCUUUGCUCCUAUUUUUCUCCUUGCAACAUCAGAUACAUGUCAUGAAGUUCUGCCAGAUGAGGUAAAGGAAUUAUUUGUCGAUGGUUUUGGAGAGGUUUUUGAUGUUCAUUUGCCUAAUUUUGAAGAAAGAAGGAGAUUCUUUGAAAGUUUAAUUCUCCAUCAAGCAGUUAAAUCACCGGUAUCAAAAAAGAAAGCAGUUUUGCAGGCGUUAGAGGUAUUACCAGUAGCUCCCCCACCGGAACCACGGCAGCUGACCGAACAGGAAGUCAAACAGCUUGAGGAGCAAGAAGAAGAUACUCUACGUGAGCUCAGAAUUUUUUUAAGAAACGUGACACACAGACUUGCCAUUGAUAAACGCUUCAGAGCUUUUUCCAAACCUGUCGAUUUGCAUGAGGAAUCAGGGAAGAAGAAAGGGAUUUUGGCACAUGCUUUGUAUAUCUCCUUCCAAAACGUGCCAGACUAUGUCACAGUCAUCAAGCAGCCAAUGGAUCUUUCAACCAUUAUUUCAAAAAUUGAUCUCCACCAGUAUCUGUCUGCCAAAGAUUAUCUAAAAGAUAUUGACCUUAUCUGUAGCAAUGCAUUAGAGUACAAUCCUGAUAGAGAUCCUGGAGAUCGUUUGAUUAGGCAUAGAGCCUGUUUUCUCAAAGAUACAGCCUAUGCUAUGAUAAAGGAAGAAAUGGAUGAAAAUUUUGAACAACUUUGUGAAGAAAUUCAGGAAUCACGCAAAAAGAGAGGUUGCAGUUCUUCAAAAUAUGCUCCAUCCUAUUACCAUGUCAUGCCAAAGCAAAAUACCACACUGCAGGAUAAGAAAUUGGAUUCUGAAUGUGGUGACAAGAUUAAAAGCCCACCAACACCUCUGGAUUCUAGUUCUCCUUUCAUUCAUAAUGCCUUAUCGAAGAGAAGACUAAGAAGAAAGAGUCGAUGGUGCCUGGGCAACCUAGCAAAGCGGAAAAAGACUUUGCAUUUCAAUAAGGAGAACAAAGCUCCAGGAGAAGAGCCAGAUGAAGGGGAGAGCGAUGGAGAAGAAUGUAUGGAAAAUAAUAACUCCAGUAUGGAGCAGACUGAAGUUGAAAUAACACAGACAUCUCUAGAUGACUCUGAAGAUGUGCCUCCAAAGCAGCAUAUCAGUAUAUCUGAUGCAGAAAAUGAGCUCGUCAUUCACAGUGAUGUUAAGUGUAAAUUUGACAAGACCAACAAGGAUGCAGAACUUUCAGAACCAAAAAAAGCAUGCAACGGUGAUGCAACAGAACAUUCACUAGAUAGGGAUGCUAAUGAUAUAUGCAUGCUUCGUAUGACCCGUGCAAGGCGUUCACAGGUAGAGCAGCAGCACCUCAUAAAUGUUGAGAAAGCCAUGGAAAUUCUGUCAGAGCAAACACCACCACUCACAGUGGAUCAAGACAAGCUGAAUAAAUUACUAAAUAUGGUUAUUGAGAAAAGCGGUGACUACACUAUUCUUGAGUUGGAGAAACUCUAUGCCUUACUCAGUCAGUGUAUUUAUCGACAUCGUGGAGACUAUGACAAAAGCAAAUUGAUUGAGGCAAUGACAAGAGAAAUUGCAGCCUUCAAUCCAUCUGAAUUCAUAAUUUCAUAAUAUCGUCAAACCCCUGAAAUCCUAUUGGAAAUUAAUGUGAGGUGAGACCAAAUAUUACAUAUGCACAGUAAGCUUUAUCUAAUGUAGCAUUUCUAGAUUUUUACCCAUAUGGAAGAGAAGCCUUAGUCUUUUAAUACAUUGAGAACAAGAAUUAAAGAAGGCAAAUGGAGGGGCCAGUGUGCCUGACAGUCAUCCUACUGCAUGCUUGCUUUUUCCUCUCUUGUAGAACUGAACCUCUUUAACAACUAUCAGGAUCCAAUGAGUUUAAAAAAGAAACAGCCUAAUCUGUCGUUAUUUAUGUGAUCUUUUGAAAAAUACAUAUUUUUUUCUGUAAAUUGAAUACAAAUAUCUUAAUUUAUCCCAAUGAUCUUUAAUCAAAUCAUGUACAUAUGUUGAACUGCAUGUGACGUUUUACUGUAUCAUCAAAUUCCUUUGGAGACAAGAUAUUUUUGGUUCUCUUAGCUCAAUUGAAAUAGCAUUCGUGUUUUUUUUAUUGCACUAAUUUUUAAUGUUAAUUCUGUUUGUACAAGCUUUGUAAUGCUCCAAAUGUUAUGUAAUAUAUAAAUAUGUUAAAAUCUUAAUGGACAAAAUAAAUUACUCUU